CAGUGGACGCACUAAUUAACUUUGCAAAUGUUACCGAUAGAUAAAAAAGCUGUUCAGGGUUUUGUUUUUAUGCAAUAAAAAGUUUAGCACGUUAGGCCUUGUUUUAUUAAUUUUUUUACCAAAAACAUCGAAAACUGUGCGACCGUAAAUUACAACUUUUUUAGUUUAUUUUUAUUUCCAACGACAUUUUGACAGUUGACAGCAAAGUGACAUUUGUUGGGAGUUUAUUGUAUACCAUGAAUUUAAAUCGCUGUGUUUGUUAAAUGAUUACCAUUAAAUGCGCAUUAUGUUUAGUUUUAUUAAAUAUGCAUUUAUCUUAGUUGUUUUAGUGGCAGAUGGAUUAGUUGAUGCUAAUAAGGAGGUACAGCUGACAUGCAAUGGGCCCAUUGUUCAAGGGGGCACGAUAACUUUCGAUGCGGUGGCUUUGGAAAAUAGGCACCCCGCUAAGGGGCCUUUCCAGUUUUUUUGGUCGGACAAUGUGAAGCCCCCUCAUGAACGAGAUAUAAAACAGGAUGAUCCAAAAGAUCACUGGUCGAUAAAGUAUGAUGAAACAUAUCCUGUAGGCGAUUACGAGAUGAAAUUGCUGGUUAAAACAUGCGUGUUGGAGAUUAUUUGCUAUGAGUUUGGAACGGCUACGUUAGAGUUCAGAAUAACUGAAACACUUAAUGGUGGUAUAGAAAUAAGACAGGGCAAUGAGACAAGGCUCGAUAAGUACGUUUCCAGCGAAGAAUUAACGAAACACAAAAUAAAUCUGUCGGCAACCGAUCAGGAUUUCGUUAAAAACGCCACCAGAAUUUUAACCUACUGGUUCGUUGACUGCGUGUACUACGGAUUUUCCGAGAGUUUCGAUUUCAAUUUUAACUUCACCAAACCAGGAGAGGAGCAUGUGGUGGAGGCGCUAGUAACGGUAGACUUCACACCCCCACCACCUACCACGACAGUAGCGCCAACUACCACAACUCACAAACCAAACGUCACCACUACCACCACAACAAAACCAACUACAACAAAAAUAACAACAACGACCAAAAAACCCAAUGUUACGAAAAGUGUGAUCAAAAGAAGCGUGGAUUUGGUGACAAAUAAAACAAGUAUUAUGCAUCAUGUAAAUGGUACAUUAAAGCCAUACAAUGAUGAAGUUUUCCCUUUUGUUUGUAAUGGCACCAAAAUAGCAACAAGCUCAAAACUAACUUAUGGGUAUUUUUAUAGGAAAGUAAAAGUAGAAGCACCAAUUACAAAGGUAAACACAAGCGGAAACUUUUGGUUGCAACAAGGAACGAUUUUCCGUAUGAAAGUGAUGUGCCAAACCACACCAAACAUGCAAUUUUGCAUAAACACCUACCCAGGGUCUCAUAACUCAACGCAAAACGAGACCUGUUAUUCGUACAGGAAAUUGGACAAUUGCGAUUUCGAAAUUGAAAGAUAUUACCCCAACACACACACGUUGGUGCUGAUCAUCAAAAACGAUGUCAGCAAAGUUGUAACUCCCAUUAAAGUUACCAUUUACAACGUGCAAACACAGCCACAAUUGUCGAUUGUAGUUGUGCCGGUUGCCUUUUCUUUAGUUGCCGUGGUGAUGAUUAUAUUUGGAGUCGCUUAUUACAUACAAAACAGAUCUCAUUUUCUGGUCGAAGUGGCGGACUUUAAUUUCGGACAGCAGUACAACGACAUGGAGUAUAAAACGUUCAGGGAAAGAUUGCGCGACUCCCUAAGCGAAGCUUUUACGAGGGACGCGGGUCCCAGUGGUUCCUCCUCGGAACCAUCAGUAUGGCCACCUGGCGGCAGAAAGUAUGGCGCUAUGUCGUAGAAAUAUUCUUUUUUUAUAUAAUUUUUAUCGAAGUGAUAUUUUACUCGCAUACACCAGUAAUUAAUUUUAUAAGUAAGAUUAGGGGCGCCUUAUAAAGAAUCGUUCAAAAAUUACACUUGGCAACGUGUUUGUGCCUAGUGUUAUUUUUGUAAAAAAAGGAUUAAUUUUUUUAUGUAUAUACAUAUUGUUGAGAUUAUUAGGUUCAGCUUAAAUUAGGGCUUAAAGAAAGAAGUAUUUACUACUUAAAAAAAAAUUUUGUGCAGCAUAGAACUUGGACAUUUUUUUGUCCAAAUCAAGUAAGAAAUGUUGUUUUUAUUGCAAACAUGUAUAUUUUAUUGUAUAAUAUUAAGCACACACUUAAAAUUUACUGUAAUUGUAAUUUAUUGAUUGAAUUUUAUGUUGGAAGUGAUAAGUAUGGACUGGCUAUUUAUAUUGAGAAAUAAAAGAAAUUAAUUUUUAACAC